AUGUCGUCGCCACCGAUCAAGUCGAGCGCCGAACCGGCCGCCGUCGAGUCCACCUGCAGUGAGCACGGCCUCAGCGUGGCCGAGUUCAAGGAACUCCAGGGCCGCUGCGUAGGCGCCAAAGCGACCGCCUACUGCCCGUAUAGUAAGUUCCGCGUUGGCGCCUCGGUGCUCUCCGUCGACAACGUCUACUUCAACGGCGCCAACGUUGAGAACGCUUCGUACCCCGUCGGCACCUGCGCCGAGCGUGUGGCCUUAGGCAAGGCCGUCACCGAGGGACACCGCAAGAUCAAGGCCGUCGCCGUCGCUACCGACAUCUCGCCCCCGGCUACGCCCUGCGGCAUGUGUCGCCAAUUUAUCAGAGAGUUCUGUGAUCUGAAGUCCCCGAUUAUUAUGUUCGAUAAAGACGAAAACUACGUCGCAAUGCGUCUCGAAGAACUAUCAGCUACCUGUGGGCUUUCAUUGGAACCAUCUGAUUUUUGCAAGAUCCUCCAAAGAUGCGAGGCGAGGCGUGUUGAAUCAGAGGAAGCAUCUGGGCCCCAGCAAGAAAUGGAGCGGCUCUCCAAUGAUAACUCAUGGAAACGUCUGUAG